CGUUUCAUUGUCAAGGCAUAUUAGGAAAAUCUAACUGGAUUUAGUAAUUGACCACCAUGUGAGAGAGCAGAGAGAGAGAGAGAAACAGAGAAAAGCAUAGAGUGUGAUGUUUUUAUAGCAAGAGACAGAGUCCCUAAAAUAGUGGGAGGCAAUUCCAAAAUGCAUUUCAGUUUUUUACAGUGAGAGAGAGAGAGGGUUUUAAUUUUAUUUUUAUUUCUGUUAAUUUAAUUUUUAUAAUUGGAAGGUUUUUAGUAUUCCUUAUUAAAAUUUUGGAAGCUUGUGGGAAAGCCAUUGCUCUGUCUCUGUUUGUCUUGUAUUGAGACCUUCGUUCUAUAAAUGACUCACUACCCUCCUCUUUCCAAACUCCCCUAAUUGCUCUGCAUUUGCUCCUUUUUCUCACAGAAUUGAGACAUAGAGAGAAAGAAAGAGAGAGAAAUGGAAGAUAUGUCUUCUUUAUGGAGUUAUCAAGAGAACCUUGAUGAAUUGAAGCAGAAGCUUCUGUGUACCAUUCUUGAACUGGAAUCAGUGAAAUCAGAAGCAAACGAGGAGAUGAGAAAAAACAAAGAAUGUAUGAAGCAAAUGUUGCAGCUUCUAAAGAUGGCUUGCCAAGAAAGAGACGAAGCAAGAGACAAUCUUCAGAAACUACUAAACAAGGUCAUACCUUCCACUGCCUCCACUGAAUUCUUCACACCUCCGCCUCAGUUCCAACCCGAGAGCCCUCUCAUCAAACCCACCAAAGCCAACUCAAGCAUAACCGAAUCAAACAGCCUCUCUGAUGCAUACAACUACCAGUCCCACGGUUCUUCUCCAGUUGAGUCCUUCUUUGAUGCUGUCUCAUCCCCCGAGCUCUCUACCAUAAACAUGUCUGAUUCAAGUAACAUGGCAUUUGUAAACCAGCCCUUUGUUCAGGACUAUACUGGCAUUGUCUCAAGCAACCCAGUCUCUUCAGGAACACCUAAAAUUGAUCAGGGUUCUUUGGUAAUUGAUAGUAUUGUGAAGGGAAAAGCUCUGCCUCAGAAAGGGAAACUCUUACAAGCUGUUCUUGAGGCAGGGACCCUUCUUCAGACUCUUCUGGUUGCUGGGCCGCUUCCUCGGUGGCGUAAUCCUCCUCCUCUUCAAACAUUUCAUAUUCCACCUGUUUCCAUAGGAGGGUAUGAUGCUGAAAUUGUCACUCAAAAACCAGCUGCAAAUCCAAGCCGUGUGCCAAAACCACCGAACUCAACGUCAUAUAUUGAGAUGUCUUGUGGCUCUUCUGAAAUGUUGUCAACAACGUCUAUGUUGAAUUUUGCUAGUGGAGCUUCUGGUUCGUGUUUGGGCAGUGGGCGAUUGAUACCUGAAGGUGCGAAUGCUAACAACUACUACAUUCCAGCAGGCAAGCGACAAAGAUUCCAUUGAAGCCAUGAAUGAUACUAUGCUUGUUUUUUUUUUUUUUUUUGCAUGUAAAUUGGUGAUUGAUGGUGUAAAUGGGAUAGUCUUCUGGUUUGAAUGACAUAGCUAUUUAACUUUCUUUUUCAAAA